AUGAGUGGUGCCUUGGAUCUUGUUUAUACCCGACGCAUGGUAGAACAGCGAGCAAUGAAUGGCUAUUGGUAUGGUCGUUCGAUAACGAGGCCAACCAUUGUGCCUGUUGGAUUGGUUACAAAUGCCCAAUCCUUCGACUGUGUGGGAAGUGUUGACGUAGCCGCCUGGAUUCCUCAUCUUUAUAAUGAACGGACAUUCGUGGACGCCUCCAGCACUCAAUAUCACGUCAAUCAUCCAAAGCAGGCAGGAUGGACCUUCAUCUUUUGUUAUGAACCUCAAGACCAAGCAGAUCAUCACCGAGUCAAUAUGCCUUUACGGCGAAUUCUUAUCAAGAAGAACUUGGAGUGGUAUGGCAAUGUCUUGGUUUUAAAAUCAGAUCGAGAUGGAGGCAUCACUAAUGUGGCCCCCGCUGAUGUACGACUCAUCAACGCUGCUGUUCUCAAGUACGAUUCUCCUUUUUUUUUCUUAAGCCAGGCGUGA